CUCACUCGGCAUAUAAAUAACAGUCUUCCACUCUACCGACUCGCGCCAUUUCUUUUACCUACUUUUCAAAACCACCGAAUUUUAUUCACAUAAAAGAAGAAAACCCUACUCUCUCCAUUCCCCUUUAUUCAAAACCGUAAUUUGACCCUUUUCCCUCUCUCAAAAACCCUAAUUCUCUCUCCCCACUUGCCUGGAAUCAACCGAAGCCUUCCAUUAAAGCUCCUCUCAAACAAACCCGAGUUUUAAUUCCCGCUCUUAAGCAAAACCAUAGCAUUUGCGUUUGUUUCAGGAACCCUAGUUUCCCCAUUUUCUACUCUCUUCAGAACUGCAUCACCAUUUUAAUGGCAUGGUGAAUCCCUAUUUCUUAGCUGAAUUCAUCCGAAUUCUGCCAUUCAAGCUCCUUUUAAACAAACCCUAACCCACCAAUUUCCCAGUGCACUCUGCAUGGAAACCCCGAAAUGUACCGGAUUGCACCAUUAAAGCUAUACUCAGCCAUGACCUAAUUCCCACCUCAGUGGAGCAAAGACCUUAUUUCAUGCCCUCCUGUAACUUCCAAUUAUGCCUUCUCUCCCUUCCUCUGGUAAAAUCCUGCAACUGGAGCUCGAGAACUUCAAAUCCUACAAAGGAAACCAGACUAUUGGUCCCUUUCGAGACUUCACAGCCAUUAUUGGACCAAAUGGAGCAGGAAAAUCGAAUCUCAUGGAUGCUAUAAGCUUUGUUCUAGGGAUUCGAUCUGCUCAAUUAAGAGGAGCUCAUUUGAGGGACUUAAUUUAUGCCAGCGAUGAUAGAGAUAAGGAACAGAAAGGGAGAAGAGCCUCGGUGAAACUCGUUUACGAGACAGCUGGGGGUGAGCAUGUCAAAUUUUCGAGAACAAUUACUGGGGCUGGAAGUAGUGAUUAUCGAAUCGAUGAUAGAAUUGUGAAUUGGGAUGAGUAUAGUGGUCGGCUGAAGUCCUUUGGAAUUCUUGUGAAGGCUCGGAAUUUCUUGGUUUUUCAGGGUGAUGUUGAGUCUAUUGCCUCAAAGAAUCCUAAGGAACUCACAGCCCUCCUUGAGCAAAUUUCUGGUUCUGAUGAACUUAAGAAAGAUUAUGAGAGCCUGGAAGAGCAGAAGGAAAGGGCUGUAGAGAAAUCUGCAUACAUUUAUCAAAAGAAGAGGACUGUUGUCUUGGAAAGGAAACAAAAGAAAGAGCAAAAAAAAGAAGCUGAGGAGCACCUUCGCUUGCAAGAGGAGUUGAAAUCUCGGAAAAAAGAGUACCGUUUGUGGCAAGUAUUUAACAUUGAAAAUGAUAUGGAGAAGACUGAACAUGAGCUUGAAGAUGACAAUAGAAAUCUUCUGGAUCUGGUGAAGGUCCAGGAGAAAUGUGAACAUGAUGUCAAUGACAAAAAGAAAGAACAUGCUGGGUACUUGAAAGAAGCUCUCUUGUGUGAAAAGAAGUUUGCAAAGAAGAAAGCUGAUCUUGAUAAAAAGCAACCAGAACUUCUAAAACUGAAGGAGGAGAUAUCUCGAAUCAACUCGAAAAUUAAAAGCAGCAAGAAGGAAUUGAACAAAAAGAGAGCAGAGAAGGAGAAAAAAUUGGAAGAAAUUGAGAAACUAAAGAAAGAUGAGCAGGAUGUCCGCACAUCUCUCAGUGAGUUAAAUGGGCAAGGCCAAGAUGUUGGGGGAAGACUCCAACUAGCAGACAACCAAUUGAAGGAAUACCAUAGAAUUAAAGAAGAAGCUGGCAUGAAGACGGCAAAGUUGAGAGAGGAAAAAGAGGUAUUUGAUCGGCAGCAGCAAGUUGACACUGAAUUACAAAAGAACUUGGAAGGGACUCUUCAACAACAGAUGAGUCGGGAGCAAGAGCUCGCAUCCCAAGAGGAACAAAUGGAAGCUAAACUGAAAAAGCUUAUAGAUUCACUUGGGAGAAACAAUGAAGAGCUCAAACAAGUAAAAGUACAAUUGAGUCAAAUGCAAGAAGCACAUCGAACAUCGAAGUCAAGGUAUGAUCAGUUAAAGGCGAGGAUUGAUGAAGUUGAAACUGAAUUACGUGAGCUGAAGGCUGACAGGUUUGAGAAUGAGCGGGAUGCUAGGUUGUCAGAGGCUGUUGAGAGUCUCAAGCGUCUGUUCCCAGGUGUGCAUGGUCGAAUGACAGACCUUUGCAAGUCAAACCAUAAGAAGUUUCACCUUGCAAUUACUGUUGCUAUGGGAAGAUUCAUGGAUGCGAUAGUUGUUGAAGAUGACUAUACAGGAAAGGAAUGUAUUAAGUAUUUGAAGGAACAACGACUUCCACCCCAGACAUUCAUCCCUUUGCAAUCAAUCCGUGUAAAACCUGUACUUGAAAAGUUGCGCACAUUGGGAGGAACGGCAAAGCUGAUCUUUGAUAUCAUUCAAUUUCCGCCUGCAUUGGAGAAGGCUGUUUUGUAUGCUGUUGGGAAUACCUUAGUUUGUGAUGGCCUUGAGGAAGCUAAACAUCUAAGCUGGAGUGGGGAGAGGUACAAAGUGGUUACUCUUGAUGGGACCCUCCUCACUAAGGCUGGUACAAUGACUGGUGGGAUUAGUGGAGGAAUGGAAGCAAAAUCACAUAAAUGGAAUGAUAAAAAUAUUGAAGCCUUAAAAAAGAAAAAAGACGGCUAUGAAGCAGAAAUGGAGGAGCUGGGAUCAAUUAGAGAUAUGCAGAUGAAGGAGUCAGAUGCAUCUAUGAAAAUUACUGGACUUGAAAAAAAGAUCCAGUAUUCUAAAAUGGAGAAGAAAAGCAUUGAAGAAAAGAUCUCAAAGUUGAAGAAAGAUAGGAGCACUCUAAAAGGAGAGAUUGAUGCUCUGAAGCCUCAACUUGCAGAGGUAAAAAAACGCGUUUCACACCGAAACAAGGACAUCUUACGGCUUGAAACCAGGAUCAAUGAGAUCGUUGAUCGUAUCUAUUGGGAUUUCAGUAAGUCUGUUGGAGUGGCAAACAUCCGUGAGUACGAGGAAAAACAACUCAAAGCUGCUGAAGAAAUUUCAGAGAGAAGGCUAAGCUUGAGCAGCCAACUCUCCAAACUUAAGUACCAGCUGGAGUACGAGCAAAGGCAGGACAUGGAUGCCCCGAUUGAGAAGCUUCUAUCUUCUAUUGCUUCUUUGGAGGAAGAACUAAAAGCAGUUCGAAAGAAAGAAAUUGAAGCCAAACGGAUAGUUGAUGAAGCUGAAAGUCAAAUGGAAGAAAUGAGGCAAGAAAUUGAUGGUUGGAAGUCCAAGGCAGAUGAUUGUGAAAAGCUCGUACAAGAGCAAAUCAAGAAAUUAAACAGUGUCACUGGGACCAUAGGGAAAUUGAAACGUCAGAUAAAUGCAAAGGAGACACAUAUUGAACAGUUAAGGUCACGCAGGCAAGAGAUACUGGAGAAUUGCGAGAUUGAGCAAAUAAAGCUUCCAACCAUAGCUGACCCAAUGGAUACUGAUGCAUCUCAACCCUCCCCAAGAUUUGACUACAGCCAACUUAGCCAAGAAUAUCUUCAUGUCUCAAAACCCUCUGAUAGAGAUAAGCUUGAGGUAGAGUUCAAGCAAAAGAUGGAUUUGUUGUCCUCUGAAAUUGAAAGAACUGCACCCAACUUGAAGGCACUGGAUCAGUAUGAGGCCCUGCUAGAGAAAGAGAGAGAGGCAAGUGAAGAACUUGAAGUGGCCCGGAAAGCAGAGAGAGAAACAACCGAUCACUAUAACUCAGUAAAGCAAAAAAGGUAUGAGUUGUUCAUGGAGGCAUUCAAGCACAUAGAGACCAACAUAGACAGGAUCUACAAGCAACUGACGAGAUCUAGCACCCACCCACACGGGGGUACUGCAUAUCUGAACCUAGAUAACGAGGAUGAUCCUUACUUGCAUGGUAUCAAGUACACAGCAAUGCCUCCUACCAAGCGUUUUAGAGAGAUGGAGCAGUUAUCUGGUGGUGAGAAGACUGUGGCUGCUCUUGCGUUGAUUUUUGCAAUCCACAGUUAUAGACCCUCUCCAUUCUUUAUACUGGAUGAAGUGGAUGCAGCCUUGGACAACUUAAAUGUUGCCAAGGUUGCCGGGUUUAUCAGAGCAAAAUCACACAAUGAGAAAAGAGAUGGUGAAGAGUACGAUGGACAGGGGUUCCAGAGUAUAGUGAUCUCUCUCAAGGACAGCUUUUAUGACAAGGCUGAUGGUUUAGUUGGAGUAUACAGGGAUAGUGAGAGCUGUUCGAGGACCCUGACUUUCGAUUUGAGCAAAUAUGGCGAAGCAUGAAGGCUUUUAGGGUUCUCAGUAUUUUGGCAUUGCAUGUGAAUAUUACACCAUGUUGACUGUUCUUUCCAUUGCUAGAAGAAACAGUUAUUAAAAGCUAAGAUCCCUCAUUUUACCAUUUUAAUUUUUGCAAGUAUUGGCCUGGCUUGGAUUGGUUUAUUUUGCUUGUACUUGGCCUUUUCUGUUUUUUUUGGUCACCACAUGUGGUACAAAGGAAAUGAGGUGGGAUUAAAUUAAAUCUUUCAGCUCAGUAUUCUAUCAUCA